GUAAGGUUAGUUUGACGCCUCACUCCUCCCCUGACCGCAUCCGCUGCAGCCCGCGAAUACUUUUAAAACCAGGCGUUUUCACAAACUCCGACUGCACUGUUUGGGUUCCGGGACACUUUUGCAGGCUGUCUCCUUUCGUUUUGAUUUUAACAUCGUAUUUAAGCUGUGCCCGCAACAUGAACGUCGCUCGGAUUGCAGGAUUCAUCUCGUAAAGAGUUCCCCAAACCACUGAAAGACUCAAGAUACAGGCGUGAUUGGAAGAUCUGAUUCGUCAUAUCCUCGUGAUUUAAAAUCAGACAACAUGGAAGAAGGAGCAGGAGAACAAAGGACGGCUCUACAAUACACACUGCAAGCAACCUGGAAACAAAAACUACUAACAGCAACAAUUGCACUGACAGUAGCAGUAGUUGCAUUUGUGGUAGCCAUGGCAGGGACAACAUUAUCUGAAGCAGUAGUAGGAGCAGCAACAGGAGCUGCAGCUGGUGUUGGAAUUUUACAAUCAUUAUGGGAAGCAGAACUAAAAACGAAAGCAGUAGCAGUAGCAGUAACAGCAGUAACAGGAGGUCUAACAGGAGCAAUAGUAGCAAUAUUGAGAUCACUGGUAGGAGCGCAAUCACUAACAGCGUCAGCAGUAUCUGGAGCAAUUGCAGGUGCUGCAAUAAUAGCAAUAUCAAAAGCACAAGUAAAAUGGUUGAUAAAUAAAAUACAGAAGGUAAUAAAUAAGUUACAGUGGGUUUUAGUGUUGGUUAAAAGAGUAAAAGCAGCAGUGAAAUGGUGUAAAAAGGUGCUACCCACUGCAAUACUGAGUGUAGGAUCAGGAUCUGCAGCAAUAGCAGCAGCAGCAUUACAAGCAGAAAAAUCAGCAUCAGAAACAUUGCAAGCAGAAUCAGCAGCAUCAAAGGGAGCAUCACAAGCAGAAUCAGCAGCAUCAGAUGAAGCAUCACAAGCAGAAUCAGCAGCAUCAGCAGAAACUUCAGAAACAGAAUCAGCAGCAGAGCCAGCAGCAUCACAAGCAGAAUCAGCAGCACCAAAAGAAAAUUCACACACUGAAGCGGCAUCACAAGCAGAAUCAGCAGAAAAAGGAGGAACAUCACAAACAGAAUCAACAGCAUCUCAAGCGGAAUCAGCAACAUCAGAUGGAGCAUCACAAGCAGAAUCAACAGCAUCACAAGCAGAAUCAGCAGCAUCAGAUGGAGCAUCACAUGCAAAAUUAACAGCAUCACAAGCAGAUUCCCCAUCAUCACAAGCAGAAUCAGCAACAUCAGAUGGAGCAUCACAAGUAGAGUCAACAGCAACAGGAGGAACUUUACAAACAGAAACAGCAUCACAAGCAGAAUCAGGAAAAACUUCACAAGCAGAACUAGCAUCACAAGCAGAAUCAGCAGAAAAAGGAGGAAUAUCACAAGCAGAAUCAACAGUAUCAGAUGGAGCAUCACAAGCAGAUUCAGGAGCAUCUGGAGGAACAUCGCCAGCAGAAUCAACAGCAUCACAAGCAGCAUCAGAUGGAGCAUCACAAGUAGAAUCAACAUCAACAGAGGGAACUUUACAAACAGAAGCAGCACCACAAGCAGAAACAGCAGUGCCUGGAACAACAUCGCAAGCAGAAUCAUCAGCAUCAAAAAGAACAUCACUGACAAAAUCAGCAACCUCUCAAGCAAAAUCAGCAGCAUCACGUGGAGCAUCACAGACAGUAUCAGCAUCAGCAUCACAAGGAGCAUCACUGACAACUUCAGCAGAAUCAGGAAGAGCAUCAGUGGGAGUAUCAGGAACAAGAGGAGUAGCAUCACUGGGAGUAUCAGCAGCAUCGGGAGGAGCAUCACUAGGAGUAUCAGGAACAACAGGAGUAGCAUCACUGGGAGUAUCAGCAGCAUCUGGAGGAGCAUCACUAGGAGUAUCAGCAGCAUCAGGAGGAGCGUCACUAGGAGUAUCAGCAGCAUCAGGAGAAGCAUCACUAGGAGUAUCAGCAGCAUCAGGAGGAGCAUCACUAGGAGUAUCAGCAGCAUCUGGAGGAGCAUCACUAGGAGUAUCAGGAGUAGCAUCACUGGGAGUAUCAGCAGCAUCUGGAGGAGCAUCACUAGGAGUAUCAGCAGCAUCAGGAGGAGCGUCACUAGGAGUAUCAGCAGCCUCAGGAGGAGCAUCACUAGGAGUAUUAGGAACAACAAGAGGAGCAUCACUAGGAGUAUCAGCAGCAUCAGGAGAAGCAUCACUAGGAGUAUCAGCAGCAUCAGGAGGAGCAUCACUAGGAGUAUCAGCAGCAUCAGCAGGGGCAUCUUUAUUAAGACAAAGAUUACGGGAAGGAUUAGGAUUUAUAGCAGGAGCAAAAUCUGCAAUUUUUGGAUCACACAGGCAAAGACAAAGAAAACAAGGAGUACAACUUGCAACUCACACUAUCAUCCAUGAAUCUUCCCAAAGAGGCAAAUCUCCAAAGACAGACAGAUCAUGGGACAAGAAUAUGAUGAAAAAAGAGCAACCUCUUUUAAUGGAAGAAUCAGCAGCAUCACAAGUAGAAUCAGAAGCAUCAAAAGGAACAUCACAAGCAGCAUCAGGAGGAGCUUCACAAAUAGAAGCAGCAGCAUCACUAGCAAAACCAGUAGCUAUGAGACAAACUUCACAAACAGAAUCAGCAUCAGAAUCAGUAUCAUCACAGGCAGAAUCAUCAGCAGCGGGAAAAACUUCACAAGCAGCAUCAGGAGGAACUUCACAAACAAAAGCAGCAGCAUCACAAGCAGAAUCAGCAGCAACAGGAGGAACAUCACAAGCACAAUCAGAAGCAUCAGGAGGAAUUUCACAAACAAAAGCAGCAGCGUCACAAGCAGAAAUAGCAGCUGCAAGAAGAAAUUCACAAACAGAAUCUGUGGAAGAACAAGUAGCACCACAGCCAGAACCAACAGCAACAGGAGGAUCACACAAUGAAUCAACAACAUUAAAAGGAGCAUCACAAGCAGAAUCAGUAGCAACAAGAGGAACUUCACAAAUAGAAUCAACAGCAGAACCAGUAGCAACAGGAGGAACUUCACAAGCAAAAUCAACAGCAUCACAAGCAGAAUCAGCAGCAGGAGGAACUUCACAAAUAGAAUCAACAGCAGAACCAGCAGCAGCAAAAACAGAAGCAGCAGAAGCAGCAUCACAAGCAGAAUCGGCACUAACAGGCGGAACAUCACAAGUAGCAUCAGCAGCAGAACCAACAGCUUUACAAUCGGAAUCAGAAGCAUCAGGAGGAGCUUCAGAAACAGAAUCAGCAGCAUCGCAAGCAGAAUCGGGAACAUCAGAAGCAAAAUCAACAGCAUCAGAAGCAGGAUCAGCAGCAACAGGAGGAACAUCACAAGAAGGACCAGCAGCGGAAACAGCAGCAUCACAAGCAGAAUCAGUAGCAACAGGAGGAACAUCACAAACAGAGUCAUCAGAAGGAGCAUCACAAGCAGAAUCAGCAGCAUCAGAGGUAGCCUUACAAUCAGAAACAGCAGCACCCAGAGAAACUUCACAAACAGAAUCAGCAGCAGAAGCAGCAGCAUCACAAUCAGAAUUAAGAGCAAUACAAGCAGAAUCAACAUCAUCAGAUGUAGCAUCACAGGCAGAAUUAGCAACAUUAGAAGAAACUUCACAAACAGAGUCAGCAGCAUCACAAGCAGAAUUGGUAGAAACAGGAGUAGUAUUACAGGCAGAAUCAGUAGCAACAGGAGGAACUUCACAAACAGAAUCAGUAGCAGAACUAGUAGCAUCACAAGCAGAAUUGGCAGAAGAAGCAUUACAAGUAGAAUCAGCAGCAUCAAGAGGAACUUCACAAACACAAUCAGUAGCAGAACCAGCAGCAUUACAAACAGAAGCAGCAGCAUCACAUUCAGAAUCAAGAGUAAUACAAGCAGAAUCAGCAGAAGGAGCAUCACAAGCAGAAUCAGGAGCAUCAGAUGAAGCAUUACAGUCAGAAUCAGCAACAUCAGGAAGAACAUCAGAAACAGAACCAGCAGAAGGAGCAUCAGAAUCAGCAGCAUCAGAGGAUGCAUUACAGUCAGAAUCAGCAACAUCAGGAAGAACAUCUGAAUCAGCAGAAGGAGCAUCAGAAUCAGCAGCAUCAGAGGAUGCAUUACAGUCAGAAUCAGCAACAUCAGGAGGAACAUCAGAAACCGAAUCAACAGCAUCAAAGGAAGCAUUACAGUCAGAAUCAGCAACAUCAGGAAGAACAUCAGAAACAGAAUCAGCAGAAGGAGCAUCAGAAUCAGCAGCAUCAGAGGAUGCAUUACAGUCAGAAUCAGCAACAUCAGGAGGAACAUCAGAAACCGAAUCAACAGCAUCAAAGGAAGCAUUACAGUCAGAAUCAGCAACAUCAGGAAGAACAUCAGAAACAGAAUCAGCAGAAGGAGCAUCAGAAUCAGCAGCAUCAGAGGAUGCAUUACAGUCAGAAUCAGCAACAUCAGGAGGAACAUCAGAAACCGAAUCAACAGCAUCAGAGGAAGCAUUACAGUCAGAAUCAGCAACAUCAGGAAGAACAUUAGAAACAGAAUCAGCAGAAGGAGCAUCACAAUCAGAAUCAGCAGCAUCAGAGGAUGCAUUACAGUCAGAAUCAGCAACAUCAGGAGGAACAUCAGAAACCGAAUCAACAGCAUUACAAGUAGAAUCAGUAGCAUCAGAGGAACCGUUACAAUCAGAAUCAGCAGCAUCAGGAACAACUUCACAAACCGAAUCAGCAGAAGGAGCAUCACAAGCAGAAUCAGCAGCAUCAGAGGAUGCAUUACAGUCAGAAUCAAUAGCAUUACAAGCAAAAUCAGCAACAUCAGAUGGGACAUCACAGGCAGAAUCAGCAGCAUCAGAAGAAGCCUCACAAGCAGAAUCAGCAGCAACAGGAGGAACAUUGCACAAAGAAUCAGCAGCAUCACAAACAGAAUUAGCAGCAUCAGAGGGAGCAUCACAAGAAGAAUCAGGAGCAACUUUAUUUAGCCACGAAUUACUGGGAGGAUUAGGACUUGUAGCAGGAGCAACAUCUGUUAUUUUUGGAUCACAUAGGCACAGACAAUUACAAAAAGAAGCAAUAGACAUGCUUGCAGCUCACACCAUCAUCCAUGAAUCUUCCCACAGAGACAAAUCUCUACAAAUAGACGGGUCAUGGGACGAGAAGAUGAUAGAAAAAGAGCAACCUCUUUUAAUGGAAGAUACGACUGAAAAUGCAGAGACGUGUGUACCAAGAAGAAGAAUCUCUGGGCAAAUGACUGAAGACUCAAUAAAGAGAGCAAUCAAAGAUAUUGGAAACACAGAAAUCAGACCAGAUCAACCCCUGCAGCAAGAAAAGAUUCAAAGAGAAGAAAUUAGGCGUCUGUUUCACAGACUUCAUCUUGAAAGCAAGUGUCACAAUAAACUGAGAGCUGCAGAUGUUCUUCAAAUAACUGAACAUUCAUUACAGUGCCAUGAGUCUUGUGCUGAAGGGGAGCUGAGUCUGAAUUUUCUACAAAAACUACUCAUGAUGGACUACAGAGCAAGAUACAUUAAUGUUGAUAAGGCCAGUCAACAGGACCACACACAACAAAGAAAUACAGACCUAUCUGAAGACAGUGGUGAUAUAUUCAAAGCAGUGUCCUUAUCAAACAAAAGUCAGUCUGACCUCAUUCACCCAAUGGAUGUUCAAAUGGCCGUGUUUCAUUGUGCUGAUGGUUUCUUGAAGCAGCUGAUGGUGACUAAACUAUCUCAGUGUCAGUACGCUCUGCCUCUGCUUGUUCCUGAUCCAUUCACACAACAGAUUGAGUUUCCUCUCUGGACAUUCAGACAAGUCAACAAGAGCUGGAAGAUGAGAAACAACAAUGAUGAAGUUAUCAGUCAAACGCAGUCAAUCUACAAGACACACACUCCAAUGGUGUUUUUCUUCAGAUUUGGCUCUGUGUCUUCAUCCAAGUCUCAGCUGAUGAACAGUCUGAUCAAUGAGAAACACAACACGUUCUUCCACAGGAACUGUUCAGGCAGCAGCAAAACCAGAGUCCUGAUGGAUGGAUUGGUGGAGAUCGCCUGGUACUGUCCUUCAGAAUCACAUGAUGAUAAAUUCAAUGACUGUUUAGCGUUCUGUAAUCUACACGGUGAUGCAGGAGACCAUGAGAAACAGAUGCAGAUCCUCACUGAAAUGAGCUCAGUCAAUGUUGUUCUUCUACCACGACUGGAAAGGAAUAAUAAACAUGCACCAAAGAUACAAAACCUGUACAUGGACAGAAAACCACUCAUUUGUAUUUUUACUGAAGAUGAAUGUACUGUAAUUGAGAUGAAGAAAGGAAAGUUCAAAAUUGGUUCGAAAGACAGAAGUCAGUUGAAUGUAUCGGACGAAAUCAGAAGGUGUAUAAAGGAUUGUCUCUCAGAUACAUCUUCCACUUUCAGACUUGAAGAUGUGUCCAAACACUCAGACAUCAGAGUAGAUGAGGAAGAAGAUGAUGACUGCAGGAGAGGAAGAGAAGCAGCAGAGGAGAUGAUUAGUUUACUGGAAAAGAAAGAUUUGACAGAAAUCAAAGAAUUAUUUCUGCCUCAUCAGGGCAAAUUAUGGCAUCAGUGGAGUCAGAAGAACAAAGAAUUACAUAGACCUCAAGCAAAAGAGAAAGAAAUAGACAUCAGUAGAAAACAAAGUGAAAUAAUGAAUAUUCGACAACAGCAGAAUGAAUUUAAAAUCAGUGAGUUUAUGGAGAUUUUUCUCAAAAAAAUGCACUUGCAUGCUAAAAAUGAGAUGAUGUUUUUGCUUAAAUGGCUCAGAAUCCUUCUGGAUGAAUAUAUAUCUGAUGACCUUUCUGCUUUAUAUCAUAAAUAUGAUGAAACAUGGUCAGCAAAUGUAAAACUGAAUAAGAUCCAUGAUAAAUCUGAACAACUCAAAGCUGAACAAACAGACCUUGAGAGAAUAUCUGUGGAGCUUCAAGCAGCAGCCUUUGGUUUGGAGCACAUCAUGAGGGAGAUUGGUCAGAUCUAUGAAUCAUGUUCAUCUGUGAAGGAGAACAAGAAAGACCUGCAGGUUCACUUCUCUUCUCUCCCGGGUUUUGCAGCAGAGAUGAUGAUCUCUGGAUCUCCACUGGAGCUGAUGGAUGGAGAUGCUGCUCAUGUUCCUGUGAUCUGGGUCUCUGCUGUUCUAGAUCAACUUGUCCAGAAACUGGGAGACCAGAGAGUCUUUGUGCUGUCAGUUUUAGGGAUCCAGAGCUCUGGGAAAUCCACCAUGUUGAAUGCCAUGUUUGGACUCCAGCUUGCUGUCAGUGCUGGCAGAUGCACCAGAGGAGCUUUCAUGCACCUGGUCAGAGUCUCAGACGAAAUGAAAACACAGAUGAAUGUUGACUAUAUUCUGGUUGUUGAAACAAAGGGUCUUGGAGCUCUGGAACUGACUGGAAAAAAAACUAAAGACCAUGACAAUGAUUUGGCCACAUUUGUUGUUGGUCUUGGAAAUUUGACCUUGAUCAACAUUUUUGGAGAAAACCCAUCUGAGAUGCAGGACAUUCUUCAGAUUGUUGUUCAGGCCUUUAUGAGGAUGAAGAAGGUCAGACUGAAUCCCAGUUGUGUGUUUGUGCAUCAGAACAUUUCAGACGUCAUAGCUCAACAGAAAAACGUGGAGACAAGGAGACGACUGCAACAGACACUGGAUGAAAUUACAAAACUCGCGGCUAAAGAGGAAGUCUAUGAUGCUGAAUGUUUCAGUGAUGUCAUUAGAUUUGAUGUGCAGAAAGACGUGAAGUAUUUUGUUCAGUUUUGGGAGGGAAGCCCACCGAUGGCACCACCAAACCCACAGUAUUGCAAGAAUAUUCAAGAGCUUAAGAAAUCUAUUCUUUCUCAUGUUUCAGAAUUACAUAGAACGAGGCUGAUUGACCUUAAAGUAUGUAUUAAAGAUCUCUCUGAGGCUUUACUGAAUGAACAAUUUGUCUGUAAAUUCAGAACUGCUCAGGAGUUUUCAGCCUACAGGAAAUUUGAGACUGAAUACAACAAGUGGUCCUGGAGUCUUCGCAGAGCUAUGCUGGAAACUGAGAACAAACUACACAACAAAAUAGACAAUGAAGCAAUUCAUGAGGUCGAGGAAACUGAUCUUCAAAGAGAAAUAAAGGAGACAAGUGAAGAAGUGAAUAAAUCAAUGUCAGUUUUUUUUUAUAAAAACAAGGAUGAGGAAAUACAAAUUCAUUGGAAAACAUCAUUUGAAAUCAAAAUCAAAGAGCUUCAAGAAAACAUUAUCAGAAAAGCAAAGGCUAAAAUAAAUGAGAUUCUUUUGCAGCAAGACCUGAAGAAAAAAAUUGACGCUCAGAGGACACUCAAUGAAAACACACUCUAUAAAAAGAGUGAAGAACUUGCCUUAAAAAUCAAAACCAAAAGAAAUGAUGAAGAAAGACUGAAGAAAAUGUUUGAUUUGACUUGGAAACAGAGUGUGAAAAAGAUAAUCAAAGACACACCUGCAAUCAAAGACAUUGACAUAAUGACAGACGUGAGAGAGAUCCUCAGUGGCAUCUAUGGAGCUUCAGCAGAUCACUGGAAGAGGAGAAGGGAUGUUUUCUUUGUGAUGAGUUAUGAUGAUUAUGUGAAGAUUAAGAAAUCUAGAGGAUUUUUCACAAAAGCAAAAGAAUUUGAUUACGCUCUAUUGAAAGAGCAUGAAAUCCAAACAAGAGCAAUAGUGUUAGAUGUUGCUCAGCAGACAGACAACAUGAUUCAGUCAUUUAACAUUUCAAUAAUGGGCUACAACAUCAGAUACAUUCAGCAGCUCACAGAUUAUAUCAAGAAAAAAAUAAAACAUGAGGAAGAAUGUAUAAAAUGUGUGUUCAAGAAACAAUUCUUCAUUGAUUUGGUUUAUUCUAUCUGUAAGAGAGCGAAUGAGAUGAUGACAAACCAACAAAGGAUGUUUAAAGAAGCCAAUGAUCCUGUCAUAUAUACUGAAAAGAAGAGAGAAGAGUACUAUAGUAUUUUCCAGAAAUUCUGUCAGGGAGCAACAUUAACUGCCAUUUUUGGAGAGAUCAUCUGUCAGAAAUUGAAAGAGCCCAUGGAGCAGAGCAUCUACAAGAAGACUGCCAGAGAUCUGGUAGAUGAAAUAAGAUCAAACUGUCCAUCACUGAAUGGAAACAGAUCAAAUCUGGAGAAACACAUUCUAAAGACACUGGCAGAAGAGGAGGAUUUUGACAAAUACAUGAACUACAUUCAUAAUCCCAGAGAUCACUUCAAGAGUUUCAUCAGAGAUGAAGUCAGUUGCUACAUCAAUGACAAGUUCAGUGUCAGUGUUUUACCCAAGAUGAAGGAGAACACUGAACUCCUGCAUCAGAAGAUCAUGAAAGCAGCUCAUGAAGCUACUGAACAUGUUCAAGUCAACAGUGGAGAUGUUGGUUUGUGGUUGAAGAGUUUCACACAGCAGCUCUCAGACGAGUUGAUCUUCUCUGAAAAAGACCUCAGUGGAGUCAAACAUGAUGAUGUUGAUGAUUUAAAACUCCUGGAUGAUGUGAUGACAAAAGAACUUACUACUGUAAUGUCUGAGAUCAGCAGUAGAUUCAACACAGAGACAUUUCCAGGAAAUCUGGAUUAUAAAUUCAGACCAGAUGAGCAUCUGAUUAAUCACUUCUGUCAGUGCUGUUGGAAUCAGUGUCCGUUCUGUAAAGCCAUCUGCACCAACACCAUAGAAAAACAUGAUGGAGAUCACAGGGUUCCUUUUCACAGAAUAACUGGAAUUGCAGGGUUGUUUUACAGAGGAACAAGAGACUUAGCUGUUAAAAUCUGCACAUCAGCAGUAGCAAACAGAAAUCAGUAUUUUUAUCCCAACACCUCAGAUGAUUGUCUUCCCUGCACAGAGUACAGAAAAGCAGGAGGAGUUUUGGCAGACUGGAGCAUCACCCCUGAUUUCUCUGAUCUGCCGUACUGGAAGUGGUUUGUGUGUAGAUUCCAGGGAGAUCUGGAAAAAUACUACAACAAAACUUUUGUGAGUAAUGAGAUCCCAGACAACUGGAGAAAAUACUCGAAACAGGAAGCUAUUGAGAGUUCGGAUCAAUAUAUCUAAUGGAGCAGAUAGAAAAUAAGACGCCACUGGAUUGACUGGGCAACGGUGGUGUUCUGAUGCUCCUUUACGAUACUCUGUGGAAUAUUUUUGUCAACAACUUAAUGAAGUAUUUGCAUAUCCUGCUGAGGGGAAGAUAUCUCAACCCAAAUCUUGCAGAUUACCCAGGGGAAUCUAUCAGCCGCUGAAUACGCCAGUGAAUUCAGGUCCAAUCAGACAAACAAAGCAGAAGAGCAGGUACUGGAAUCGGUCAACGAGGAAAUAGGCAAAGACUAUUCACGUGGCAGGCAAACAAAGACAAUGAGCAGACCGCUUGGUAAGGCGGUUGAACUGACAGUACUUCACAAUGAGUCUCUGGAGGGCCUCUGGUUAUAAAGCCCUUAAACAGGAAAUGAUGGGAGAAGAAGCAGAGGGUGUGAGCCCAGCUAGUACUUGGGAAAGGGUGCCCUUUGCUGGCUAGGCAUUUGUUAUCAUUUAUAAUAUUUUUGAAUAAUUUAUUUAAAGAAACAUUCAUUACGUAAUACAUCAGUAUGUCUAAUUAUGUAUUUACAGGAGAUAAUAGCAAGAUGCAAAUAUUGCAUGUCAAGUAAAGUUGAUUUUAUUCAUAUAGUGCUCUUAAAAUGGUGGUUGCUAUCCCAGCUAACAAAAAUAUGUAAUUGUUAGGUAUCUGCAACUUAAGUCUGAAACACACUGCAAGAUUUUUGGCUCUUGCAGACAAAUUAUUGGCAUUGUGAAAUAAUUACGACGAUUUCUGAUUGGCCACAAUUGGUUCAUGAUGCCUAUCUUUUGUCUCUGAAAGCUGAAAAUUGUGCAGUGUAUCUCAAGCUUUAAUCUCUUGACCAAAGUUUCGGCAUAACGACGUAACUGGGAGAUUAUUAUCUGUGUGGUUAUCAGGUAGUAAUGUUUUGUAAUUUAUAAUAAAAAUAUAUUUUCUGUAGGUGAAUAUGCAGGUGUUUAAUUCUAAUAAAUCCCAAACUGAUUUAAAGGCUGUUUUAACGGCUGUGAAUGAUGAAUACAAACUCAAAAUGAAUUCAGUUAAUUAAAUGUGAAGAGUAAACCACCCAAAUUAUGAUGUUGCCAUUAUUGCAUGUGUUGGGCUAUUGUUUUUUAUUGUAAACAGUCACAACAGUUUUAUUUAUGUUACUUUAUUUACACACAUUAUUUUACUCUCUUCUUCGCAUAAAGACAUGGAUUCAGAAGGACUUGGAAUACAACACCACUUGUAAUGCUUUUAUACUGCUUAUGGUCAGUUGCAAUAAAUUCCUGUGACUGCACUUA